AUGUCUGUUCUUGACUUUGCUGCACAGCCAUAUAUUACCAUUGCCAUUCCUUUUGCUAUGGAUUCUGUUGUAAAGGGGGACCCUGUAACUUUUGAAGAUGUGGCUGUGUAUUUCACAGAAGACGAGUGGGCCUUGCUGGAUCCAUGGCAGAGAGCCCUCUAUGAGGAGGUCAUGCAGGAAAACUACAGCACUGUGGCCUCCCUGGGUGCUAAGCAAGUAAAAGAGAAGGAGAAAUCACUUCAGGGAGAAAAUGCACCACCAGUGACCCCAAAGGGGACAGCACUGCAAUGGAUCAAAGAGGGAACUUCCCAAGAUCAUGGGAGACAAAGUGUGACUCAGGGAGGGCCAAGGAGGUACCAACAGAAGAUUUCUCAGAAGAAAGCCGGUCCUUUUGUGGAAAGCCACAAGGACCUCCACAAAGUUAGAGUGCAAGAGAGGAUUCACACAGAUGGGACAGAAAAGCCUCUCAAAGAUCAGGCCAGAAACUCCACCCUUAACACCAGCAACACAACCAAUGCAACAGCAAAAACAUUCCAAUGUUCAGAGUGUGGGAGAAGUUUCAAGUACCGCCGUCCGUUUAUUAUACACAUGCGAAUUCACACAGGAGUGAAACCGUAUUCAUGCUCAGUCUGUGGGAAAAGUUUCAGCUCCACAUCAAACCUUUUCAGCCAUGAGAGGUUGCACACAGAAGAAAGACCCCAUCAAUGUUCUGAUUGUGGGAAAAGUUUCAGAGCUGCUUCAGAUCUCAGACGUCACAAAAAGAUCCAUACUGGAGAGAAACCAUAUCCAUGUCCAGAGUGUGGGAAAAGCUUCAGUAGCAACGGGCAUCUUGUUAGACACAAGAAGACCCACACACAAGUGAAACCGUUCAAAUGCUCAGAGUGUGGAAAGUGCUUCGGAGAGAAAGAGCACCUUGCUGUUCAUGAGAGAAUCCACACGGGAGACAAGCCAUAUAAAUGCUCAGACUGCGAGAGAAGCUUCAAUUGCCUGUCAAACUUCAAUAGGCACAAGAAAAUCCAUGGAGGAGAGAAACCGCAUAAGUGUUCAGACUGUGGGAAAAGCUUCAGAUACAGUACAGACCUCAGAGUGCACAAGAGGAUUCACACCGGAGAGAGACCUUAUCAGUGCACAGUGUGUGGGAAAAGCUUUUGGAACUCCUCACAAUUUGUAUGUCAUAAGAGAAUCCACCGAGCAGACAAACCAUAUGAGUGCCAAGAAUGUGGGAAGUGUUUCCGUCAUAAAUUUACCCAUUUUAAACAUGAGCAGAGAAUGCAUCAGUAUCGGUGCUCCGAUUGUGGGGAAAGUUUCAGCCAAAGUUCAGCCCUUCAACUUCAUAAUAUUAAACACACAGGAGAGAACCCGUUCAACUGUCUAAAAUGUGGGAAAGCGUUUACAACAAAACGUAAACUUACUCAACACCAGAAAAUCCACAGAGAGAAGCUGUACAGCUGUCUAGAAUGUGGGAAAGGAUUUAUAACAACACAAGAUCUUAUUCAACAUGAGAGAAUCCACACAGGAGAGAAACCAUACUCUUGCUCAGAGUGUGAGAAGCGCUUCACUGUAAAGUCAAACCUUAUUCAGCAUAUGAGAGUCCACACAGGAGAGAAGCCGUACAAGUGCUCCCUCUGCGGGAAGAGCUUCGGACGGAAACGGCAACUCUCUGAGCAUGAGAAAUUCCACACCGGAAAGGAAUUGCAUGAGUGUUUGGAGUGUGGGAAAAGCUUCAGCAGUCCUUUAUGCUUGCUGAGACAUCAGAAGCUGCACACAGGUGACACUCCAUAUAAAUGUCUGGAGUGUGGGAAAAGCUUUUCCUCAAAGUCUUCUCAACAGAUUCAUCAAAGAAUCCACACAGGAGAGAAACCAUAUCAGUGUCUGGAUUGUGGGAAACAGUUCCGUGACAGUGCACACUUGAGGGUACAUGAAAGAAUACACACUGGAGAGAAACCAUUUAAAUGCAUGGAGUGUGGCAAAACCUUUAUUAAUAGUUCAGGCCUCAUAAGUCACCAUAAAAUCCACACUGGAGAGAAAGCAUCUGAAAAGAUCCACACUAGCGUGAAACUAUAUCUGUGUCCAGAGUGUGGGAAAAGGUUUGGUACCAAAAAGCAUCUUGUUAGACAUGGGAAGAUCCACACACAAGUGAAACCGUUCAUAUGCUCACAGUGUGGAAAGUGCUUCAGAGAAAAAGAGUCCCUUGCUGUUCAUGAGAGAAUCCACACAGGAGAGAAACCAUAUACAUGCUCAGAUUGUGAGAGAAGCUUCAAUUGCCUGUCAAACUUCAAGAGGCAUAAGAAAAUCCAUGGAGGAGAGAAACUGCAUAAGUGUUCAGACUGUGGGAAAAACUUCAGAAACAGUGCAGACCUUAGAGUGCACAAGAGAAUUCACACUGGUUAG